CCCCAGCGGCCGGGGAGGUGCGCUGCCCGGCUCCCGUAAAGUUAUUGUGAAUGGGGAGCGGGUGACGUCAGCGCCGAAUGUCAACAAUGUAGCGAUUGAGAGUGUGGGCGUUCCGGGGAGAGCGCGAGCCGCGCGGCGCGGAGCAAACAGCGCCGAGCCGCCGCCGCCUCAGCAGCAGCAGCAGCAGCAGCGGCCGUGCACGCCCGGGCUGCGGUCGCACAGCGCUAACGUGAGCGGCCGCCGCCCUCGCCACCCCGCCUGCCCACUCCCGCCGCCGCCCCGCUCUCGCUUUCCCCCUGGCCUCCCCUCGCCCCUUCCCCUCCCCCUUCCCGGCGCACUCGGGGGGCUGGGAACGAGCUGCCAUGUGAUGCGCGUCCCCUCCGCGAGCUUUCGGUGACCCCCGAACUGCCCACCUCGCCGGCUGCCGGGAGGGGGCUGCGAGCCGGGAAGACGCGGGGAAGAGGAGGCGGAAAAGGACGCAAAGUUCUCCGGCGAGUGCAGCUGUCUGCUUCAGAAAGUGAGGGCUCCAGGAAUGAGGAGAAUCUUCAAGAGCUGCCUCGCAUUGUGACAUGUCUGAUCCCUUGCUCCCAUCCCUGCAGCAUGAACAAGGUGGACACUCACUGACCUGUCACAAGGUUCCCCCACAAAACUUAGGGGUCCAUGUCUGAAUGGAUUGCCGGAGCCUUCUCAUCUCUCCCUUCGCCCAGUUCCCUGCAUCCUAAGACUCGAAGCCAGCACAGGACCUGGAAAAAUUACAUGGUGUGAACGGCAUGUCUGUGGAUGAGAAGCCUGACUCCCCCAUGUAUGUGUAUGAGUCCACAGUCCACUGCACCAACAUCCUCCUGGGCCUCAAUGACCAGCGGAAAAAGGAUAUUCUCUGUGACGUGACUUUGAUCGUGGAGAGGAAGGAGUUCCGGGCCCACCGGGCUGUGCUGGCCGCAUGCAGUGAAUACUUUUGGCAGGCGCUGGUUGGACAGACAAAAAAUGACUUGGUGGUCAGCUUGCCUGAGGAGGUCACGGCCAGGGGCUUUGGGCCACUGUUACAGUUUGCCUACACUGCCAAGCUGUUACUCAGCAGAGAAAACAUCCGUGAGGUCAUCCGCUGUGCUGAGUUCCUGCGCAUGCACAACCUGGAGGACUCCUGCUUCAGCUUCCUGCAGACCCAGCUCCUGAACAGUGAGGAUGGCCUGUUUGUGUGCCGGAAGGAUGCUGCAUGCCAGCGCCCGCACGAGGACUGUGAGAACUCUGCAGGAGAGGAGGAGGAUGAAGAGGAGGAAACGAUGGAUUCAGAGACGGCCAAGAUGGCUUGCCCCAGGGACCAGAUGCUUCCAGAGCCCAUCAGCUUUGAGGCCGCCGCCAUCCCUGUAGCAGAGAAGGAAGAAGCCCUGCUGCCCGAGCCUGACGUGCCCACGGACACCAAGGAGAGCUCAGAAAAGGAUGCGUUAACGCAGUACCCCAGAUACAAGAAAUACCAGCUUGCAUGUACCAAGAAUGUCUAUAAUGCAUCAUCACACAGUACCUCAGGUUUUGCAAGCACAUUCCGGGAAGAUAACUCUAGCAACAGCCUCAAGCCGGGGCUUGCCAGGGGGCAGAUUAAAAGUGAGCCGCCCAGUGAAGAGAAUGAGGAAGAGAGCAUCACGCUCUGCCUGUCUGGAGAUGAGCCUGACGCCAAGGACAGAGCAGGGGAUGUCGAGAUGGACCGGAAACAGCCCAGCCCUGCCCCUACCCCCACGGCCCCAGCUGGGGCCCCCUGCCUGGAGAGAUCCAGGAGCGUGGCCUCGCCCUCCUGCUUAAGGUCUCUGUUCAGCAUAACGAAAAGUGUGGAGCUGUCUGGCCUGCCCAGUACAUCUCAGCAGCACUUUGCCAGGAGUCCAGCCUGCCCUUUUGACAAGGGGAUCACUCAGGGUGACCUUAAAACUGACUACACCCCUUUCACAGGGAAUUAUGGACAGCCCCACGUGGGCCAGAAGGAGGUGUCCAACUUCACCAUGGGGUCGCCCCUCAGGGGGCCUGGGUUGGAGGCUGUCUGUAAACAGGAGGGAGAGCUGGACCGGAGGAGCGUGAUCUUCUCCUCCAGCGCUUGUGACCAAGUGAGCACCUCGGUGCAUUCUUAUUCUGGGGCGAGCAGUUUGGACAAAGACCUCUCUGAGCCGGUGCCAAAGGGUCUGUGGGUGGGAGCUGGCCAGUCCCUCCCCAGCUCGCAGGCCUACUCCCAUGGUGGGCUGUUGGCCGACCACUUGCCAGGAAGGAUGCGGCCCAACACCAGCUGCCCGGUGCCAAUCAAAGUCUGCCCUCGCUCACCCCCCUUGGAGACCAGGACCAGGACUUCCAGCUCCUGUUCUUCCUAUUCCUACGCAGAGGAUGGGAGUGGGGGCUCACCCUGCAGCCUCCCUCUCUGUGAGUUCUCCUCCUCGCCCUGUUCCCAGGGAGCCAGAUUCCUUGCCACAGAACAUCAGGAACCAGGCCUGAUGGGAGAUGGAAUGUACAACCAAGUGCGGCCCCAAAUUAAAUGUGAGCAGUCUUACGGAACCAACUCCAGUGACGAAUCCGGAUCGUUCUCGGAAGCAGACAGUGAGUCGUGUCCUGUGCAGGACAGGGGCCAGGAGGUAAAACUUCCUUUUCCUGUAGAUCAAAUCACAGAUCUUCCAAGAAACGAUUUCCAGAUGAUGAUUAAGAUGCACAAGCUAACCUCAGAACAGUUAGAGUUCAUUCAUGAUGUCCGACGGCGCAGCAAGAACCGCAUCGCAGCCCAGCGCUGCCGCAAGAGGAAACUGGACUGUAUUCAGAAUUUAGAAUGUGAAAUCCGCAAAUUGGUGUGUGAGAAAGAGAAACUGUUGUCAGAGAGGAAUCAACUGAAAGCAUGCAUGGGGGAACUGUUGGACAACUUCUCCUGCCUUUCCCAGGAAGUCUGCCGAGACAUCCAGAGCCCCGAGCAGAUCCAGGCCCUGCAUCGGUAUUGUCCUGUCCUCAGACCCAUGGACUUGCCCACGGCCUCCAGUAUUAACCCUGCGCCCUUGGGUGCUGAGCAGAACAUUGCGGCCUCCCAAUGCGCAGUGGGGGAAAAUGUGCCCUGCUGCUUGGAGCCAGGUGCGGCUCCCCCCGGACCCCCCUGGGCACCCAGCAACACCUCCGAGAAUUGUACCUCUGGGAGGAGACUAGAAGGCACUGACCCGGGAACCUUCUCAGAGAGAGGACCUCCUCUUGAACCCAGGAGCCAAACAGUGACCGUGGACUUCUGCCAGGAAAUGACUGAUAAGUGUACAACUGACGAACAGCCCAGGAAAGAUUACACCUAGUGACUCGGCCCUGCCUCCCAGUCCACACACCUCUCCCAUUCAGGCGUUCUUCAGUCAGCCUGUGGCACUGUUCAUCUGCUGUCCCGAAGAAACCGAGAACACAUUUGGUGCACACUACAGCGGUCUUAGCAGCAAUACUGUUCCGAAGUAUUCUCUCCUCUUCUCGAGCAGGAGUGAUAGAUAGUUACCUUCACAAUGGUGCUACCCCUUGCCCAGGCAAGGAAAGACAGCAGUGAUGACACUGUCUGUCUGUGGCUCAAUUUCAGUCUUCACAGGGAUAGACUACAACACCUCUAGGCCCCAACCACGGAUUUUUUUUCUCAGUGGCCCAUGUCACAAACCCUAUCUCAGGAAUUUCUUCUGAAUGUUCAAUUUUUUUCAUUGAAGACAGCUUCUAUACACAUCAAAGUUUUAUAGCUAGACUGUACAUAUUAUAUAUAAUAUAUAUAUAAAUAUAUAUAUAUAUAUCCAUAUGCAAAAGUCCUGCAUGCCUCAACUUUCUCAUCCUAAAACUGGAAACUUAUUUCUCAUUUAGAAACAGGUUCCAACAUUCCUCUUCUUUUGUCUCUGAUGCUAGAACUAGUUUGGUAACUGUUAACAUGGUCAUUUUUCUUGCUUCACAGUUCAAUUUUCAAUUUGUACUUAUUUAUGGACAAAAUUCAGUGUUGGAAGCUUUUUCCCAAGGCUUUGUUUCAGAUUUCUUUUUCGUUUGGUUUGGUUUUGGCACCGCCAAGUGGUGUCAUUUGAGCAUUGUGGGUUUGUUUUUUGUUUGUUUGGGGGGUUUUGUUUGUUUUUGUUUUUGUUUUUUUUCCUUGCAGAUACUGUACAGUAAUGGUCAACUUUGCCACUUGCACUGAGUUUUGGGUCAAACCUAUUUUCUUAAAUGAAGUUGUAACUUCGGUAUAACUCAAGUAUACUGUAUAUUCUUUGCUUUUAGUUAAAAAAGUAAAACAUUUUAGCUAAUUAAAAAGCACUCAGGUGAUAAUUAUGUAGGAAAAACAAUCUUGCCAAAUAAUGAAUUCAUCCUAGGAUGUGUAGACAAUAAUCUGCUUGAAUAUUUUUAUAUUUCACCUCCUCCCCACCUUUCCCUAAGCAAAGUUUAAAUGCAGAUAGAGAGUUCAGAGUUGAUGCUGGAUGUUCAGAUUCCUAAGUGGGGAGAGAGUUUGGACAUCUCACUCAAAAGUACAUCAGAAAAACAGGAAUCCGUGAUUUUAUACCAGAACUCAGCAGGCAUUGGCUCCUAGAAAUCAAGUUAGAACGUUUUCACCCAGGGAGUAAGUCCCAUUCAUUUCAACACGUCCUGAGGCCUCGGCUUGCUCUGGGAAGUGUUGUGCAGUAGGACCUGCUCCCCUGAAGGAUGGGGCCCACCAGCCACUGGCUUUCCUGCCCAGGCUCGGCCUCCCAGGACAUCUGGCCAGAGGGGGAUUUGAAUCACAGCCCCGAAGGUCCUGCCUUCAUCCCGUUGGGAGAGAGCAGGGCAUCCUGGCAUCUGCGAUCCAUCCCUGACACAGGCUGACACAUUCUUUCUCCUUUCCUUCUCCAAAGGCUUGGAGUUUUCUUCUGAGGUUUUUCUGCCAGUGUCUUGUCUGAAGGCAGACUUCAUUCUGAGGCUUUGGACAAGCCAUCACCGGGAACCCUCCCUGUCCCCUUCCCGAAUCACACACAUACCCUACCCUCACCUGAUGAUAAUUUUCUCUUCUUGCUGCAAAACUGGUUGGCUUGCAACCCAGAGAGAGCAGCUUCCCUUGGUUCUGGGGCCGUGUUGGCCCCAGCCACGUUUACAGGAAGGUGUGCCCCAGAGGAGGAGGAAUCAGCUCCCUCGCUCCGGUGGCCUUGGGUCCAGGUCUCACUGAGCAGCCCAAGGGCCACUCCAGCCCGGCUGGGGAAGAGAGUCCUGAACGGUUUGAUGUGGGGAUGGGGUGGUGGGCAGUGGGGAAUAGAUGGUUGACUUUGUUUCUUUAUUUGUGCCAUUGUUUGGACAAUAUUAAAGCUGCAUGUAAACGGGGAAAUUAGUAUAUGAUGUAGGCUAAAAGUGAAAUCAUAGUAACAUAUGUUUUAGUAUUAUUAACUUUUUUCUGUACAAAUAUUAGCACUAAAUGUUUAAAUAUGUAUGAAUGCCAGAAAUUUGUCAGUUCAUGCAGUAGGAAAAAAAAAAAAAAGGCUUUUCUUUUUAAACAGUUCCACUUUUAAAACCUG